AAUAAUUUCCAAUGACGAUGCUUCUCAAAUUUGGCCAUUACUCUUCGAAUUUGGUAUUAUUUGCCUUCGGAGCUGUAAUUCUGCUCACAAAUCCUUACAUAUAUUUAAUGCGUGGAAAUAAAAUGACCACAUUUCUCACAGAGAAAAAUAUUCCAAAGUUUAAAGUAGCUGAAAAGGAGAAAAUAACACUUGGAAUAAAAACAACUGGAAAGGAGAAAAAACUGCCUGGUUUCAUAAUAGCUGGAUUUAUGAAAUGUGGAACACAGGCCCUUGCAACAUUUCUUUCAUACCAUCCUAAACUUAAAAGAUCUGAUAAAACAGAAGUUCAUUUCUUUGAUAGGAUAGCUAAAUUGGAUAAAUCUGUCUCUUAUGUGGAUCUCAUGCCAGAAAUAUAUCCGUGGGAGAUGUCAUUUGAGAAGACUCCAUCCUAUGCUGACAUUGUUAACCUAUCAACGAUUUACAAUACUAUACCUGGGGUAAAAAUAUUACUUCAGAUAUGUGAUCCAGUUGAGAGAACUAUGUCAGCUUUCUUACAUGCCCAGGAAAAUACACGCAAAGGAUUUAUAGUUUCAAAAAAUGCAACUUUCGAAAGUGUUGUCCUUGGCAUAAAUAGCCAAGUAGAUGAGACAUGUCACCUUAUUAGGCAUGGAGUUUAUGUGAAUUAUAUUCAGAAUUUCUUGAAAUACUUUCCUCGUGAUCGGAUUCUGAUUACCGAUAUGAUGAAUCUCAAAUUGAAUCCAGCGAUAACAUUACACCAGGUUGAAAGAUUUUUGAACAUUUCUCCUUACUUUAAAGAAAAACAAUUUUACUUUAACCCUAUGCUAAAUACAAGUUGUAUACAUACAGAUAUUAGCAAUGCAACACCAAUUAAAAAGUCAUAUGUUGAAUGUAUAGGGACAUUAGGG